AUGCUCUUUGUGGUGGUGGCAGAGUUCUUCGUGUGCUGGACACCACUGCACGUGCUCAACACAUGGUAUCUGUUCAAUCCGGAUGCAGUGUAUGCCUAUGUGGGCCGCACAGGCAUUUCACUGGUGCAGCUGGUGGCAUAUGUGAGCUGCUGCUGCCAUCCCAUCACAUACUGCUUCAUGAACCGACGUUUCCGCGCAGCCUUCCUUGGUGCUUUUCGCUGUCCCCGCCGCAGGAGGAGCACACUGUGCCGCUGGUGGGAGUCGUCAAAUUCUCCAGGACACUCACCUUGCCAGACGCCCACAGCGCGAAUUCGGAAACAAGUCUCGUGCUCAGGUAUUCACAUGGUGCAAAAUGACCAGACAAUGAGAACAAGUACGCAACUCCCGCCAUCACUGUUCCCUGAAGCAAUGACAAAUGAGUAACAGCUACUCAUCUUUAGUGAAACUUCUGUAACAUCUGAUGUUUCUCAAUGGAUGUGACAAUAUGAAAAAUGGGGUGUAGCAUUGGUGUAAUUCACUUCAAUAUCCUAAUUUGUAUUUUUAAAACAACUUUUGUACAUUGAAUAUACACAUUUAUUCUGUGUGUAGUUGGAAAAAUACCCAAAAAAUGAACCUGCACCAUUACAUUUGUUUUUAACAGCAGCAAUAUGU